AUGUCACACACCACAACGAACGAAAAUGUGAUGACAGACGAAGAUCAAAUUGUCAACAUACACACUGUGGAAGUGGUUGAUGAAGAUGAUAAUUUAUCUAUAAAUUCCGAUACAUUAAGAGCAUUGGAUGAUGAACAAAAUAACGAAGAACAGCAGCAACAACAGCCUGCCGAAUUAAAUAAUACACAAGAAUUGUUGGAUGAUUUGGGAGGAUUUAACGAUGAUGAAGAUGUAAAUAUUGAUAAUUAUGAGGAAAAACCACAUAGUAGAAAAUACUCUCAAAUUGAGGAUGACGAUGAUGUAUUGGAAAAUUUGGAUCUUACCGAUCUUUCUCCGAUUAUUGAAAAUCCUCUCAAGAAACAAAAAUUCGAUCAAAUAGAUGAAAAUAAUCGACCAGUAGAAACAUUUGGAUUUGUUUCUGCUAAAUUAACUUCAUCGAGUAAGGAUGAAGAAAAUAUAUCGAGUGAAAAACCACCUGCCACAGAUGGUUUUGUGUCUGCUGCUUCAAAUAGACCUUCAGAAACAUUUGGAUUUGUUUCAGCUUCCUCAAAUAAUAGACCUGCAGAGACUUUUGGAUUCGUCUCUGCCAGACCACCUACAAAGUACACCUAUCAUCCAGAGGAGGACGAUGAAAAACCAGCAGCAACUGAGGGUUUUGUUUCAGCAGCUCCAUCAAAACGUCCACCAGAAACAUUUGGAUUUAUGAAAGCAAAUGGAGACAAUUUUGAAUCAGAAACUGAAGAAAAUUAUCAAAUUAACAAACCAGCAGCAACAGAUGGAUUUGUUUCUGCCUCCACUGACAAGCCUUCAGAAACUUUUGGAUUUAUUUCAGCCUCUUCAAACAAACCACCUGCUACAGAUGGAUUUGUCACUGCAGGCAAAGAUUCCAAAAAGUAUACUUAUAACCCUGAGGAAGACGAAAAACCACCUGCUACAGAUGGUUUUGUGUCAGCUGCCUCAAAUAAUAGACCAGUAGAGACUUUUGGGUUUGUUUCUGCUAGACCACCAACAAAGUAUACAUAUAACCCUGAGGAAGACGAUGAAAAACCACCAGCAACUGAAGGUUUUGUUUCUGCUAAACCAAAAACUAAAUUUGAUUCACCAACUGAAAUAAGGCCAUCCGAAACAUUUGGAUUUGUUUCUGCCAGGCCGGCCUCCAAGUAUACCUAUCAUCCAGAGGAGGACGAUGAAAAACCAGCAGCAACUGAGGGUUUUGUUUCUGCCUCAAAUAGACCUUCAGAAACUUUUGGAUUUGUUUCAGCCUCUUCAAACAAACCAGCACCAACAGAUGGAUUUGUAUCCGCCUCGAAUAGAACUAACGAAAAUGAGAUGGAUAUUUCAGAUGAAAGACCACCUGCCACAGAUGGUUUUCAAAGCGCCCUAGAUAGACCACCACCAACUGAAGGAUUUUUGUCUGCAUCUAAUAGACCACCAGAGACAUUUGGGUUUUUAAAGGCAAACACAAGCACUCCUGCCGAAACUGAUGGAUUUCAGGUUGCCAAUAAUCGUCCACCUGCAACAGAUGGAUUCGUAUCGUCUAAAUCGUCUAGUACUUUCAAAACUCCUUCAAAGAAUAAUGUAAAUAUUGAAUUAUCCACACCUAGUAAUAAUAGUGACAUAUUUAAAACACCAAGUAAGGUUGGUAGCUCACUUAAUAAGAAAACACCUGCUACGAAGAGAAGUAUAAAGAAUCCAUUUGCUUCUCUUACCACAGAGCAAGGUGACACUAAGAAGGAAACUCCUACAAAUAGAAUCAAUGAAACUGUAAAGAAAAAGCAAAAGAAAUUUGUAACUCCAAUCAAAUCGAAGGAAAGUUUUGAAGAAGCUAAAAAACGUGAAAGUGAAAGGAGGUCAGCUUCCACUUCUUCUUCUUCGUCAAUUAGUAUCACAAAGAAAACUUCUGACACAACACCAAUAACAGCACCAAGCUGGGUACCUGUAAAACACCACAAAUCUGAUUCAAAGGAGGAAGUUCAUGUAAAAAGAAGGAUAAAUACUUUGGGAAUAUGUGAACAGCUACCUAUUGAGAAGAUUAAGAGAGAGGGAGUAUCCCAAUAUUCAAUAACAAUGACUAGCAUUUCCGCCAAGACAUUUAAAUUUAAUUUGAAUGAUUUCAAAGUAUCAAAUGAAAUGAUAGAAGCAAUAGUGAGCCUUAAUGGAAACAAAAGAGUAGUGAAUUUUGGAAGUGAAGAAUAUGAACGGUUAUUAGUACAUUUUGGUGCUAAAACAAGUGUUGUAAAAACUGAUUGGGUUGAAAAUCACUAUAGGUGGAUUGUUUGGAAAUUGGCAAGUCUCGAUAGGACAUUCCCAAAUGACAAGUCUUUUCCAUUUUUGACUCCUGAAAAGGUUUUAGGACAACUAAUUUAUAGGUAUAAUGUUGAAUUUUGUAAAGGAAAAAGAUCAUGUUUGAAAAUGAUUGCUGAAAAGGACAUUCCUCCUGGUCAAUUCAUGGUUCUGAUGGUAUCAUCUUUAUCAAAUAACGAUAACGAUAUGGAAGAAUGUAAAACUAUAGAACUUAGUGAUGGUUGGUACAGUAUGAAGGCAAAAUUAGAUGAACAACUAUCCAGGUAUUUGGAAUGGUGCAAGAUACGUAUAGGUCAAAAAUUGAGAAUUGUAGGAGCAUCUUUUGUUGAAAAUUUUGAACCUGCUCCUCCUUUGGAGUUGCCUGGAAAUGCAUGUUUAAAGCUGAGCAUUAAUGGUGUUAGAAAGGCUCACUGGGAUACCACAUUAGGAUUCCAAUACGGAAGAAUGCCUUUCAAAGUUUCAUUCAAAUCCAUUCAAAGCAAUGGAGGAAAUAUUCCUUGUAUCAGAGCCAUUGUUAAAAGAGUGUAUCCACAAAAGUUCUUGGAGAAAAUCACUGACGAAAGUGGUACUGUCUCGACAAUCAUUAGAACUAAACAAGCUGAAGAUUACAUCUCUGCUAUUAAUGAGAAGGAAAGAGAAAAAUUAAUGGCUACACUUCAACCAACCUAUUACGAUGAAGAAAAGAAGAAAAUUAUUGGACCUAAGAAAAAUAUCACAACACCGAUCAAGAGAAUUUAUGAGGGAUCUGUUCUUUACAAGCUCUUAUCAGAAUGCAGAGAUGAGUCAUCAUUUUAUGCCCAAUUGAAUGAGACACAACACCAAAAUUUAGAGAAUUACCAACGUAACAUUGAGAGUGAGAUUCAAUCAAGAGUUUCUCAAAGAUUAACAACCACUUUGGAUCAACAUCCAACUCUCAAUAGAAAUGUCUCUGCUAUGGUAACUGUUAGAUUGGGUGAUUGCUGUCCUUAUUCGAAAAAUCCUGGUGUAACGAUGAACGAUAAGGAAAUGAUUAUUACGUUAUGGAUUGCAGAUGAAGACAAUGAAUCUUUUCAAGAGGGAAAUAUUAUUGACAUUUAUAAUAGUAGAUCAUCCAAGCAAAGUGGAAGUCAAGUUAUGAAGUCAAUUUCAGCAAUUUCUCAUACUAAAGUGGAGAUUGUUAAAAAUUGGAAGGACUUGACAGAUGAAGAAAUGAAGGUCUAUAGCUAUGUACCAAGAAGUUGUAUCAAUUUUACUCAGGUGAAAAAUCCAGACUGCAGACAGCACAAUAACGAAUUCGAUUUUGCAGGAAUACUAGUUUAUACAAAAGAAAUCGAGCAGAGAGAAAAAGAAAGUACCCUAAAGUUACUCUACUUUGUAGAUUCUACUUCUUUCAAUAUUUCAGAAUCCUCAUAUUCUAAAAAUCCAAUAAUUAUGCAAGUUAGAUAUUAUGAAUCAAAUAAGAAACAAUUUAGAUGGUUCCUAACUCCAGGAAAAGUUUAUUAUAUGGCAAAUGUUACCUAUUCAGACUUUGAUGAAACUAACAAUAGAAUCAAGUGCUUUGCCAAUGAACAAACUUUCAUUUCUGAAAGAGCAACCAAACAACAUUUCAAGUCAGCAUCCAGUGAAAUUAAUGCUUUCUUGAAAAACAAUAGGGAAAAAUGCCUUUCACUAGAAAGUGUUAUCGACCAAUUUUCAUUUAGAGAGGAAGAUUAUACAACACCUCGAAAGUCAAUAUCAAGCAAUAAUGACAUGGAGGAUGAUUUCAGUCUUGACCAAGAAAUUAAUUGUAAUCCAAUUAUUGAUGGCGAUCACCAAAUUCAAAUUACAUUAUUGGAUGGAGGAUACAAUGUUAUUGAGACGUAUGUAUAUCCAAAGGAUAAUAAUAUUAGCUACAAGAGAGCUGAGGAUACAUAUUCUUUUUAUGUAAAACUCUACAUUGAAACAAAGGAAGAGUGUUAUUCCAUUAAAUUUACAGAGGACAUGUUUGACAAGCUUGCUAACUGUCUCUAUUUUGAAGAGGCAAACAAUGCAGGGUUUCAUCAAUUCAACUUGCAAGACAUUUUACAGUCAGAAACCAUACCAGAAUGGAUUAAAACUCUUGUAAUUGCCGAUGGUUUUCCUUCAUCAUCGUCAUCUUAUAAUGAUAACAAUAAUAAUAACAUUACUUUUCCAUCCUCAACAACAAAUCCUUCAACGAUCAGUUCGUUACUUUUAGAGAGAAAUCAAUUUUAUAGAAAGUUAGCCGGUGUAAAUAGGUCCAACUCUACGUCUAAAUUGUUGGACAGAAACUUUUGCUGUAUUCUUCCACAUAAUUUAUCGCUUGGUGAUGUCAAACAAACAAUAUGUAGACAAUAUCAAUCGAUAUUUUAUGAUAAAGUUACGGAAGGUUUUGAAUUUGACAAUUCUGAUGCCUUUACUCUUUCUCGUUUAUAUUCCGACUUGGGAUUAGAGUUGGGCUUGUGGAAUACACAACUUAAAGCUAGUGAUAUUUUCACUGAUGAACAAGUAGUAUUUGCCAAAUUGGAUUGUUCACGAAAACAAAAAAUUAAACUGAAAGAAAAAUAUCAACAAACAGAACAAUACCUCUCACCACCAGAUAGUGAUAAGGAACAGUCCAACACUGCUCUUUUUGAAACACCUAAAAAGAGAAAACCAACAAGUAAUUUUUUAACACCUCAAUCCAAGAAGAAAAAACCAAUUACUCCACCAAGUAUUACAAGUGGUGAUGAUAGUGAUUCUUCUGUGAGUGAUUCAGAAGAUGAGGCAGGGGCUACUCGUCCAGUAACAAGUGCCACAUUGAAACAAACAGCGGAGAAUCCUAUUGUAAUUCAAUCGGAUGAAGAAUCUGAAGAAUCAGAAGAGGAAGAGGAAGAAGAAGAGACACCAGUCAAGAAACCACAACCAAAGAAGCAAGAAUUAAAGCAGGAAACAAAGAAACCAGAAAAGAAACAACCAGAAAAAGAGGAAUCUGAAGUUGAAGACUCUGAGGAAGAACUGAAAUCAGAUUCUGAUAAAGAUGUCAUGACUCACAGAUCAAUACGCCAAAUUCUUUGCAAAUACCAAGCACUGGUUAAAGGCAAAGUUUGCUGGUGGUAA